UGACGUGCGGGCCCUCGCGACAGACUGACGAAGAAAGAGGAGGCAGGCGACUAGACAGUACAGAGAAGCGAAAGGUGGAGGAGGAGGAGGAGGAGGAGGAGGAGGAGGGUGGAGGGGGGAGGGAGGAGGUAGGAGGGAGGAAGGAGGAGGAUGGAUAGGACGAACUGGCCACAACCUCUGCCUCGAGUGCCGCUAAGACAUCCAUCACAGCGAGCUCAGGCGGCGGACGAUCCGCCACGUAGACCUGGUCCAUGGCCUCCGCGGGAAUCACCUCCUAUUAGAGCCUCGCUUGACCCUGCUCAGAUGGGAAGGCGUCCUGGAUCGUGGCCGCAUCGAGGUCGCCGUCCGGAUAAUGCCGUGGUGGUAGACAUUCCCAUCACUCCAAUGUCGACGAAGUCUAUGUCCGUCAGCAGAACUCCUCCUAGUUUGGCGACAUCCAGCCCAAGUGGGAGCGGGGAGAUGGCCGUUGUCCCUGACUUCCCUCUCCCUCCUCCUGGUUCUGGUGCUGGAACUCCUCGUGUAGGGAGCGCUAUGACUCUCGGUGGUUUGGGCACUGCCGAUUCUAUGGCCGCUCACUCGCCUUUCUCUCCCAGAGAAAGUGCCGCCGAGUCUAACACUCCGCCCCCCAUCGAGCGUCUCAACCCUUCCUCUUCUAGGGAUGUCGCCACUCCCUCUAGCUCCCCGUCGGGUGCUCGGGCGCUGCCAGCGGAGAAACUCAGUCCGAGCCGUGAUGCCGUAGUGGAUGACCGGCGCAUUACUAUCGCGGUGGAGGACAGGAGCCGCGCGGUGGGGACGACGCCCAUGCCGGCAUAUCAGAUGUCGCCGUACGAUGGUCGGGGGGCCGGCGGCGACGGUGGCGGCGACGGAGGCGGCGGCGGGAUUGGAGGCGAGGUCACGACCCCGACAGAUGAAGGGAUGAGAGGCGGCGUGGGGAUGAAUAGCAGGGCGCGGAAGAUGAUGAUGAUGGAAGCCCUGAUGAGGAAGCCGCCGUCCGCCGGGCAGCGGCCGUUUGUAGCGGCGGGUGAGGGCGAGCGGUACCCUGCUGCUUCUGCCCCCCCCCCCCAUUCUCACGUCGCCCCGAAUCAGGUAGCGCUGCGUAGCGAUGGCGAGGAUUAUUUCGACGAUGAUUACCAGGGUCACAUAUACGGGAGCGACAGCUUCGAGGCGGAGUCUCCGCACGAUGCCAGCGGGGUCCCUGGCCGCGGGCGCGCGUCCAAUGCGCCGCCCACCGCCUCGGGGGCGAGCCUGGGCGGCAGCGUACCAGAAGAGGGAGCGGGGGCAGGAGCGGGUGCUGGGGCCGGUAGCGCAGUAGCAGCACCCGGUCAGGGCAAGCCUGAGGGGCAAAUGUCGCUCAUGCUGACGGACACGAAGCCAGUGCUCGCAUGUUUCUGGUACGGCAUCCAGCACUUCGUCUCGCUGUUCGUCUCCCUGGUUCUCUUGCCGCACAUUGUCGUUCCGGCCAUGGGCGGCGACGAGAAGGACCUAGCUAAGGUGAUUUCCACCACCCUUCUGGUGACGGGUAUCUCGACGCUUUUGCAGACUACGCUGGGAUCGCGCUUGCCCCUCGUUCAGGGCAUGUCCUUCGCCUAUCUGAUGCCGAUUCUGUUGGUGGCGGCGCACCAUGAAAAGAAAUCCGGUGCAGAAGGCAAGCUCUUCGAAGAGACGAUGAGAGCCGUUCAAGGCGGAGUGAUUGCGUCGUCCGUCGUGCAGAUGAUUCUAGGAGCCACUGGCCUGUUGUCUCUCCUGCUACGCUUCAUCUCGCCGGUCGUGGUGUCUGCCACCAUGGCGACCAUUGGACUCACCUUCGUCGGGAAAACUCUCUCGAAGGCUUUCCCGGGCUUACUUCCUCCCUCCCCUACAGAGUUGCCUGACUCCUCUCCCGAGCUCGAAAGGUUCAGGUACGGUUUUCCCGCCGCCACCGCCUGCUCCGAGGUCGGUCUAGUCCAAAUAGGUGUUGUUCUCAUCUUUAUGCUUUAUCUGAGGAAGGUCGAACUUGCAGGCAGUCGCGUCUUUCGGAUCUACGCGAUGCCUUUCGGUCUCGUGAUCGUUUGGGUGUAUGCCAUGGUACUCACCCUACUUGGGACGUACGAUUACAAUUGCGACGACGGAAAGUGCUCUAACGAACAGAGGUUGAGGAAAUCCUACUGCGGCACGAGCAACUCUACCACCCUCGAUUCUGUCAAAUGGAUUGACGCGCCUUAUCCUUGGCAGUGGGGCACUCCCACAUUUCAUCCUUAUAACAUCUUCAUGAUGCUAGCAGGCACUCUCGUCUCGAUUCUCGAUUCCGUCUCGUCUUACUACGCCUCCUCGCGUCUCUCCUCCACCCAUGCUCCUCCUCGGGGCGUAGUUAGUCGUGGCAUCCUAGUGGAAGGCUUUUGCACCCUCCUCGCCGGGCUCUUUGGCACAGGCGCGGGAUCAACCACUCUCGCCGAAAACGUUUACAUCAUGGGGGCCUCCCGAGUCGGCAGUCGUCAUGCUGUGGAGUUCGGUGCCGGUGUCCUUGUCAUCAUCUCCUUCUGUGGCAAGGUCGGCGGCCUCAUGGCCAUCAUUCCUAAGCCUAUCGUUGGCGGCCUUCUCUGCAUUGCCUUUGUCCAGGUCAUCUCUUUCGCUCUCCUCAACCUGAAGUUCGUCAACGUUAGCAAUCCUAAGAACAUGACCGUUAUGGCUCUAGCUCUGUACGCAGGUUUCGCCAUUCCUCAGUGGGUCACGCAGACCUCCUCUCAGGGCUCUCAGUAUGAUCGGCCAAUCCAACUCGAGUCCUCUGCCAUCAGCUCCGUCAUGAAUGCCUACUUGGGUAUGCCAAUGCUGGUCGCACUGUCGGCUGCCCUGCUUCUGGACAACACUGUUCCAGGCUCCAAAGAUGACCGCGGUGUGUACCAGUGGGCUCACCGACACGAAUCAAAGGAGGUCAUGGACUCGCUGUGUGACGAGUAUGCGCUUCCCUUCGGCUUAGGUAGAUACUUUCAGUGGGCGAGGUGUACCGGCAUGUGACCGCCGAGAACCUACCUCUGGCGCCCUCUUUACUUAGUGUAUUAGAUUUGUAAUCUAUGUCGUUCGUUGCCCUAUCUCUUCUUCCUCUGCGGAUGUCAAGGUGGACAAUCGGGGGGGGGGGGAGCAACGAGGUAGCAGGAAGAAAUGAGAGGAGGAGGAUGCGGAAGGCGGGAGAGGAGAAAGACAGGUCUUGAGGAGGACGAUGGUUGAUAGCCACAAAUGUAGCUUUCACUCGUGCCUGCUCUAGAGACAGCCGAUAACCUACCUACCUACCUCUCUCUAUUGCCCUCUUUACUUAUUAGACUUUUAACCUAUUUCGUUGUCCUUCCUCUGCUGAUGGAUGUCAAGGUGGAUGAUCGUGGGCAAUGAGGUACCAGGAAGCACUGAGAGGAGGAGGAUACGGAAAGGGCAGAGGAGAAAGACAGGCCUUGAGGAAGACGAUGAUUGAUAACCAUAAAUGUAGCUCACAAGACUCCAAUUUGUUUCUCUGGUACGCACACAGUUAGGACACUCGACCUUCUUUCUCAAGCAGCAAAGCUGUGCAGCCGUGUGGGGUAUGGUGCCUAGUGGUUUUGUUGACAGAGCAGGGAAUGCAAGUAGGGAGAGGUGAGCGAGCAUCCCUGCCGCUCCUUGUAGCAAUUCACCAUGUGGUUCGUGAUGGCAGUAAUCUCUCUGGGUCGUCGUGCUCACGGCGACGAGGGGCGACGUUGGAUUUAAUCUGUCUGUCCACCUUGUCCACAACCUGUUUUCUCAUGUAGCAGUUCCGCGGACCUGUCACGUCGGAAACCCAUUGUGAUUGCGCUCUGAGAGAGGGGAUAGUAGAGAGGAGAGGAGAGGAGAGGAGGGGAAAUGGCAGAGGAGAGGAGAGGAGGGGAAAUGGCACUAUGAAUAUGCUUGCAACGGGAGGGAGAGGUUGCAGGGGGAAAGGGACCUACGAUAGUGGAGAGGGAAGAAGGAUAAGAAGGAAUGUAGAGAGGGAGAUUGCGUUCCAGCUGCGUUCGAGAUGGUCUAGGAGGAGAGGAAAUGGGGAGGAGCUCAGCAGAGGGGAGGGGUCUACAUGCGUGAAAGGGCAGGUGUCCAGCGCGCUACCAAAGCAUGGAAACUCUCUCUCUCUCACUCUCUCUCUCUCUCUCUCUCUCCCUCGCUCGUUCUCUCUCUCUCGCUCGCUCUCUCACUCUCUCUUUCUCCUCGCUCUCUCUAUCUAUGGCGCUGUGAUUGUUCUGCCUGUUUUUCGUUGUCGGGCGGCUUGCAUUGAUAACUAUGAGUGUCGACUCAUUUCUUUUUGUUCUUUUUGUUUUAUUUCUUCUUCCUGGAGGCUAGAACGAGCUCGAGGAGUUACGAUUCGUUUUCAUUUUUCCUGUUUCAAUGUUGAUAAGUGGCGUUCCUAACGGAACGGCGAGAGUGGCGUUCAUAACGGAACGGCGAGAGUGGCGUUCCUAACGGAACGGCGAGAGUGGCGUUCCUAACGGAACGGAGGUCAAAUUCCUCCUAAGAAUAAAUAAUGCGCAUUUAUCGCGUGAAGAAAGACGGCGGCGAGAGUGGCGUUCCUAACGGAACGGAUUGAGAAAAAUUAGGGCGUUCUCUCCUCUCCUUCCUCGCGUAUUCGCGCACAGCGGUUGCCCGGCGCCUCGUCCUCUCUCUCUCUCUUUCUCCUUGCUUUCCUUUCUCUCUCUUCCCUUUGUCUCUCCCGCCCUCCGCCCCUUGCCCCCCCUUCUCUCUUUUCUCUCUCUUCUGCUUCCUUGUGCACCUCUGCGUAUUCUUCAUCCGGCUUCUCUUCUCUAGCUACCUCUCGCUCAAGCCUUUCUAUGCUGUUGAGAAGCCUACCUUGCACUUGUCGAAAUGUUGUGUUGUCUGCCCAUCAGGCUCCAGCUGCCACUGAUUGCUCUCGUACCACGCGACCUUCCCCGGCUGUCUGUCGCAUCGAGCAGACACGGGAGAGCCCUUGGAAGCACAUUUUUUUCAGGCUACUUCAGUCUGUUCUCUUCACAUCUUCAGAUUGGCCGGCUAGCCGGCGACAGAGCGAUGAAGUUUCUGGCCAUCUAAUCCUGCAGCCUGGAGUCCUGGACUUACAAUGCCUGAUGCCUGUCCUGGAAAGCACUUGCUAUUCUUCCUCUUCCUGUUCCCCUGCUGAUUUCUUGUCUAAACGGCCUCUACGAAUGACCGAGUCCUUGUGGCAGGCGGGUGCGGAUUAACACCCUCCCCAUGUCUCAGUGAAUCAGCAUGUUGCAAUCACCACCUUGUUCUCUGUCUGUCUGUCUGUCUCUCUCUCGCGCGCGCACAACUCUCCUACGGCGUUUUCUGUCAAUGGAGAAGCCGCUCAGUUCAGGAGUGGAGAUCCCGGCAAGUCUCCUCUCCCUCCCCCCCCCCUCUCUCUCCUCAAGUAAUCGAGUUGCUGGAUUUCUGGCGCCCUCAGCCAGCACCUCUUCGGUAUUUAAGCAUUGGCUCCUGGAAGCAGCCGAGUUUAGAGGGUGCGUGCACGGGGGAAAGUAGUGGGUGAAUGUGUAGGAGCGGGUGUGGGUGAAAUGUGGAUUUGGUUCGCGUUGGGUCUGAACUAGCUAGCCUGGCGUUUUGUGUCUGUUUAUCGUUCACUGAUUUAUCAUUAGUUGAUAGGGUGUUGUGUUUGUUUUGGAUUAAUUAGUCUUCCGACCUGUAUUUCUUUCACUCCCUGCUCGGCAGCCACCGUCGGAUAAGGGGUUCAAUAACUCGUUAUAGCGCAGAGGAGGGAUUGUUGGCGGGGCGAAUGUUAGUGAUGGAGAGGACGCACCGGGCUCCACGCGUCUUUUUCCACGAUGAAAGGAAAGAUUGUUCUGUGCAUAUGUAGACGAGCAUGUGGUUCAUUUGUAAGGCUAGUGAGUUUAUGACCACAUGCAAAGGUUGUCUCUAGACGAUAGCGGCGCGUAGGACUCUUCAACGAAUUUUGUACAAAGGCACAGAGAUGGAAAGACGAGCGGACAGACGGAAUGACAACUGAAACGCUUACGGACGGAAGGGCUGCAGGGAAGAGGAACAAAGUGCCAGGAGUGUG